AUGAUGGAGGAGCCUCUUUUUGUACUGGACAGUAGCCGUCAGCAUCAUGCCUGUUUGAAAAUUGGUGCACCUAUUGGGAAAAUCCCUUUGUCGUUGUGCUCUGCGGAGAUUGAAGACGAGCCACUUCUUUCUUUCCGACAUCUAUCUCGCCAACAAUUCUGCGUUCCUAAUAGGAUCCAACGAAAUGAGCCCCAAUUGUUUCGCAAAGCUCCAAAGUGUCGCAAGCAAUUGGUUCACUUUGGAUCAGUAUCGUCCGACGGACCUCUUACCAUUCCCAAAGAUUGCAGCACCGUCAAAGUCUCGCAUACGCCUGAUCCUUGCAAAGGCGACUCAUCCAGACACGACCUGUGGCUAAAUGACAACGAUAUUCGACGCUUUCAGCGGUGCGCACGGGCCAGGGCUAGCGUUUACGUCGCUUUGAAGCCACAUUACGCUAGGUCCAUUCUCGCCCUAACGUCAAAUCCCUUUUGUACCAGUUUUUCACACGGCGAAGCGUCUACAAGUUAUCAUAUCGAAACUAUUGCCUUUGGCCACGCCCGUGGUUUGGAACAACGAAUUGUCCCUCAGAUGCGGACUGCGCGGAAGCGUGCAGUAUCUCAUGUGCUGCUUAUGCAAGAGAAGCUCAAGCAAGACAAUUUUGUUGAUCGAAGAAUGAUGGAGCUGCUGAUCCAGCAAAAAGCUCAGGAGUCAUCUCGACGCUCACGACAGCUCGCAUUACAAUUGGCAAAAGCAGAUGCACUAGCUGCCCGUCGAAUUCACCAAAUGCCGUGUCACAGCCAAAAUAGCAUUGUAAUAACGCCAUCAAGCUGA